GGGCAGGGAGAAGUGAAUGGCAAGCGCGAUCGGGGCGGGAGGAGCUUUGCAUGGAUCUUGGACGCGGCCGGAGCUGCCCGAUCGCCAGCAAGCGCAGGAGACCCUCGGCUGAGGGCGGAGCGUGCAUCGAUCGAUCGAGAAUGGAGGAUGUUUUGGAGGUUCUUCUCACGGAUUUGGAUGCGGGGGUCACGGACGCGGCGUUGGAGCACAUUUUGCACAGGCAGAGCAGCGAUGACGAGAAGGUAGAGUUAUUGGAUCGAUGCCUGGCGCUAGGUCUCCAAUUGCAAGGCGUGGCCAAUCGGCUCGCUAGAGAGCACGCCGCGCAGCACAACUCCUCCGUGUGGCCGUUUACUCCUGAUCUAAGCAUUAAGAUUUUCUCGUCGCUGGGAACGCAGACUUUGUGCCAGGCAGCGGCGGCGUGUACCAUGUUUAGCAAGCUCGCGCUGGAAGCUGCUUGCUACACUAACAUCGAUCUCACGACUGGCGGAUCGACUGUGACGGAUGAAACGGUGGAAAAGGUCAUUCACCGAGCUGGCCGCUGUCUCAGAUCUUUGAAGCUCGGAGUUGUGCUCCACCAUUGCCGUUUGCACGGACUGAAGCCGAGUUCUAGUCCUCUCAAGUUUCCUGUCAUAUAUGACAGAAGCAUGUUCAACAAAUCUUCGGAGUGGACGGCUUGUCCUCUCUCAAAGAGCUGCCUUCGUCCAUUGAUUGUCGAUGGUGUAGCUGGAAGAAUGUUGAAGGCCUUGCAUCUCUACAACAUCGAAUCCAUGGACAGCAAGUUCCUUUGCAAGGCACUGAUGGCCUGUCCCGCUUUGAUGGAUUUGAAAGUCGUUGGCCUCAACGUGAGCUUGACGACAUUGAUGGAUUGCUUGGGCACUACUUGUCAUGAACUCGAGGGUCUAUGUUGCCAACAGGCAAACCUUGGCUCAUGGCCUGGACACAAUGUGAAAUUUAGUGCGUGUAGCACUCUCGUCAAAGGAUGCCCAAAGUUACUGUCGUUAACACUGAGUGAGUACCGGCUAGCAGACAGAAAAGCUUCCGUCCUUUUGACUGGACUGGAGCACCUUACUCACGCUGAUUUCUCUGGAGCCGAUUACCUCAAUGGUUUCUUCUUGAGGAACCUCGUCGGCUGUGCUGAGCUUUGUCUCAAGACCUUGAUUUUAAGAGAUUGCGUGCGUUUGAAAGAGGUUGAAGUCCAACGUUUUCUCUUUGGCUUAAGAGCAGGCGAAUGCAAGAACCUCCGUCACCUUGACAUUUCUAACAGAAACAAUCUAGUUGGAUCGGACUGGGGAAGAAGGAUUCGUCCGAGCUCCGAGUCGUUACUAGUUUUGCGCUCCGAACGUUCGGAUCUCUGCCUCAUGGCCGACUACCCAAGCUCCAAAUGUGGCAGUGAUAGCUCCGUGAGCAUGGACAGCUUCGAGGACAGCGAGAACGAGCAGAUCCAGCUGAGCAUCGAGUCCUCGGAGUACAUGUCGGAGAACAGCUUCAGCUCAAGCAGUAGCAGCAGCCAACAGGACGAAGAGGAAGUGGAAGAUGACGAGGAGGACCAGUACUUGAUGAGCCAGGACGAGUUUUUUGAAGGCGAUCUCGGAGAGCUCAGCCGUGGCAGUGAACAAAGCGAUGGCAUCAGAUUCAACCUUCCUCUACCAAGUUUCGGAUGAGACAAGCAACAGAGAAGAAAGGCCGCAUUCAACAAGAAAAAACUCUGGCUCUAGAAACUCAGUCUCUAUCCUUACCGAGAACGAGGAAGAGCUUCUCCC